AUGAGCCUGGAGAAAUGCGAGUCUCUACAGCGGGCAUGGCGAGAUAUUGUGAUGAUCUUGGCCAAGUUUCAGAGGCGAUUCCUGGAGAUAUGGAGCAUGAUGUAUUACCUUGAGAUAUUUGAGCUGCGGUUGAAAUUUGAGGACAGAGUGCAUGGGGUCAACAAGACUUGGAUGGGGUGCUUCACCACAGACUCCACUAUCGCAUUGAGGCUCCACAAGGCUGGUGUACCUGUGUGGUUGAUACAAGAUGUCAGGCUCGUCAAUGAUAAUAUUAACAUCCACCAAGUUGUUCCCUUCACUCUUGCUGACCUUGUGUUUGGGAUGUACCUCCAUCCCAUUAAGAACUUUGCUCAACCUUUCGAUAUCCGGCACAAGGGUCCAAAGAUCUCCAUAGAUCACACCAAAGUCAAUCACUUUGCAGCUUCCAGAGAGCCAUCAUUGGGUAAAGCACCCACCAGGACCAUGAAAACUAAUUUUGGUUUGCCAUUCUUAUCUAAUGACUAUCUAGAUGAACCAACUGCUCUGCGCCAGAACCAGUCUCAAGUUGGACGUGACAAAUGGUGCGACGUGGCUCACCUGUUUAUGCCCGACAUCAACACCUUCUUCGCAUCAGCUAUGAGUCACGCGGAGAAAGAUUUGAGUCAUGUCAAGCCAACCCGCGCAAUAAUGGAUGAGGGAUACAGGCUCCCUGAUCCUGGAUUAUUUGUCAAUGUCCUUUCAUCACAGUCUCUCAAAAAAUACUUCACUAACUGGUUGGCAUGCCGUGAGUCGUGGCUGAAGCAUGUUUAUAUGUUGCCUCCAUCUCCACUCCCUUGGUCCCAAAGCUGGCAUGAUCUAUUGAUCAUGCAGCCAACACCACAGCCCUCGUCGUCAAGUGGUCAGAUGCCAUCAGGCAAGACUGGCAAGUCCAAAGCCAAACUCAACGUAUUCUUUGGAGAUGCACUAUCACUUUUAUGCCAGUUUUGGACUGGAUCCCACAGAUGUUGCAAUGGAGGGGUCAGAAAAUCGAAGCAGCAAUGCUUGAGAAUCCGCCGCAUCAUCUUGUUCAACAGAUCAUAUUGCAAGCAAAGCUUCCGAUACGACCUUCUGGAACUUGAUGAACAUCUUGCCGGUCAUAUGUGGCUGGAUCAGGAGGCGAAGAAGCAUCGCAUGGAGUUGCUCCGUGGAAUUUUUCCUCAGCAUGCCCUCACCAUGUGGGACAAGGAUUUUUCGACUCGGAAUGAUGGACUUAAUGCUGAGUCUUUCCACGAUGCUCUUCCAUAUUUCGAGAAUUUUUGUCAAGUGUUGAUCACAUGGGACGGUGCUCCUCAAGAUCUCAAACAGCCUUUCACCAAGUCGAUGCCUGAGGGAGAGAAGUGGCAAUGCAUAAAGCAAUGUGCCCUGUUUUAUGUACAAUCAUUUUACAACAACACAGGUCACCCCCCCAUGGUCCCUCAUAUACUUUACACGGAUCCAUAG